AUGGACCAUGAGAUUCAUCUGAUGAUGGAAGAAGAGCGCAGUCGGACUAAAGAGCGUCUGGAGGUCAGUUUGGCGUGGCUGUGUGAGCUCGAUAUAUUGAAGCAGCGGCAGGAGAGCCUCGUCUUGGGCGCCCUGGCGCUCGGGGACACAGUGCCGGGGUUCCCGACGUGGGGUGAUGUCGGUCCGGCCCGCAGCAGCAGAGAGCACGAGCAGUUGACUCUACGGCGACAACUGAACCGCCUCCAGGACGCCCCCAGCCUGUUGAUACUGGCACUGCAAGAGCAACUCAGUGAAUUGAGUGUGGAUACAGGACUCACAUGUGAGCAAAAUACAGAGGAGGAACUGGACAGCCCCAGUGCAUCCAGCUCAGGGUUUUAUGAGCAAAGUGAGUGUCUGUCUCCUUCACUGCAUACUUGUUCCUCUCCAUACCUUGCUGUCCCCAGUCACAGGCCCAGAUCUGUGGAUGCCUACAUGCUGGACUGGGAGGGUCAUAUGGAGCCCCCAAUACAUGCCACCCUACCCCGCUCGUUUUCUGCCCCUUACCCCCCAUUAGAGGGUAUCGCUGAGGGAACAGAGGAGGAAGAGGAUGAUGAAGAUAGCACUCAAUGGGCCACAGAUCCAAGGGUGGAGUUUGGGUCCUUGUCUGUUGAGGACGAAAGCCUUACACCCGAGUUAAGUCUCACCGAAGAUGCUACAGUAAAAACAGAUGAUGGCCCAACAGCUGAGGACAUCCAGCGGGCCAUGCGUGUAGAAACAUACAUCCUGACUCUCUUGCAGCGUCGACACCACAGGGGGAUGUCUGAACUUAACUCUGAUCUUAAUAGGUGGCAGUACCCAUACCAGGACAGUUACCCAGACCAACUCGAACAGCAUGAGUGGGCGGCUCUCUCAGAGGAUGAGAAUCAAGAUGAUGAUCCCCAAGAGGGAUGUUACAUGAACCUUCUUAAUUCCCAGACUGGACCAACUUCACUGGACAGCGAGAAUCCAGAGUCCUCCUUGGAGAUGGAUCAAUAUGCAGUCGCAGAUGUCAGCUCCAGCACAGACGAAACCGACUCACCUCAGCAUCAACAUGGUUAUUUUGAAUGCCACCCCACUAUGGUGGACACCAUGAAACCACAUAUUCACACCUGUUGCAAUCAGACCUGCUCAGCUAUGCCCCGUGAGCAACACCAGCAUCUUGCUUCUCCUCAAGACUGGGCUCUUUUUCGCUCUCUAGCCAGAAUUUCAAAAGAAAGGUGGACAUCUAAAGGAAACGGACACACCAGCACAACCAGUCGUUCUCGAUCAGAGGACGGUUCUUCCUCUCAAGGAUGGGCAACCUCGGCAGAGCACAAAUAUUUUACAGUUGGACGGGACACGGGCAGGCAACACGAUGACAAAUUUUCCACAUCCAGUCAGCGUCUCUGGUGCUCCUCGGCCGAUGUCAGUCAAGAGGAGAAUGAGGGAGCUUAUAGAGCGGAGGUGCGUGGAAGCAGACACAACCAUGUAUCUGGACACAGUUUUGUUCAGUUAACGAAGCAGGAUAAGAGGGUAGGGAAGGGGUUGGAGAGGGCUGUUGAGCCAACCGAUGGUUCUGACUCCAGUCUGAGUGGGACUUUCUCCCCAGGGUCCAGUUCGGCGUCUAGCGAUUCAGACGAGAGUGGAGGGCUUGUCUGGCCUCAGCAAUUGCCCCCUCGCUUGCCCCCAUCCUCUUCCAACCAAAAUUCCUCCAAUUCUGUGGUCAAGAUUAAAGCCUCACACGCACUAAAAAAGAAGAUCAUGCGCUUUCGCUCGGGAUCUCUUAAACUUAUGACCACUGUCUGAUUCUGACCACCAAAUAAAUACAUAAACAUCUAUGCCCACUUCAUAGCA